UUCGAGUCUCCGAACGUUCGCAGUACGCAAGUCGUCUACGUCUCUCAGCGGACAUUCUGGAAUGAUCGCCUUGUAUGUUUUCUGCAAGUUGAACUUUCUACUUGCAUAUGUAUCUGUUGCAUGCUCCGGCGCAACUAGCUGCACUGGAGAAAGUAGACUACAGAUGCGUCGUCGAGUCCCAAAGAAAGAAUCACUAUGUUAGUUUUUCACGGAGAUUUUGGUUCCUUGAUUCAUCGCUAGUUGUUCGCGUCUUAUUGAUUUGAUCAUCACACCAGCCUGCUGCUGCGAUAGUACAUGUGUAGUGUCUGUGGCGGACUCUGACUCAAGCUCUCGUCUUUCGUCAUGGCGGGUAUCUACAGAACAAUUUUCUUAGACCACGUGGCUUCGACCACUGAAGUACCCCUCGGUAACGCGUCGCUCCUGCAUGCAGGUCGUGGUUGUAGCAAGCAGGACGACGACGCCUUUCUCAACAUCUCUAAAACCCGCAGCAUCAAGUGCGGCGGCCAUCAUCAAAUCAAUCUCAAGCAUCUCCAACAUCUGCCAACCGCAACCAGCUUCGCCGCACCAGAUUUUAAUACCGACGAAGAUGGGGAGGAACGAACGAAUGGCCAGCAGAACGGGAUCCCUCUUGACGACGAAGCGAUGCGAGUUCGGCGGGAGCUAUCCAGGAAAAAACACCCAUCCCCAUCCAUUUUUUGCAUGGCAGACACAUGAUUUUAUGCAUGUUUUGCAUCACAAAUUGGAUGGGGAUGGGUGUUUUUUUCUGGAUAGGAGCAGCUUCCGGACGGCCCGCUCGCGUCCCGCCCGGGCCCGGAGGAGGAGAACGCGCUGGGCCACGUGUUCCAGGCGGUGCGGAAGAAGUACCUCGUGAGCGAUCCGGAGACGCUGAGCAAGCGGGGCAGGUUAUCCUGAGUAAAAAUAUCCCCACACCAGAGUCAAGAUGGGGAUUUUGCAACACAACCCUAGAACUUUUGGUGGUCACGCAUCACAAGUUGCAGUCCGUAGUGUAGUGCAGGUUCGCAAGGCCAGCUGCAUCAGAAAUCCAUCUGUUCAUCCUGUUUACAGCAUUACAAAUUCCAAAACCCGACUAAAAAUGCCUCUCCUGGCGAUGCGCAUUACAAAUGUUCCUGUCAUUGCAAAUCUGCAUGACAACUCUGGUAUGGCGGGGACGUUUUUCCUCACAAUACAGGUUCCUCACGGAGGACCCUGACACGGGGAACCGCAUGGAGGUGCCGGAUGGCGAAGACGUGAUUUUCGCGGUGCCAAAACCGGAUAUGGCGAACCCAAACGACCACAACGACGGCGGAGGUGCGGGGGACCACGAAUUCGUCGCCGGAGUGCCCGGGGGCCCGGACAACCAGGACGUGGGAAAGCAGCUGGGCGCCACGAAAACCGCGGACGGCAUGGACGUGCCGGCGGAACGAAAUCCGUACGGGUUAGCGGGCGGAGCAGCCGGCGACGGACAAAUCAUUGCCGAAAAUAAGAAAGGCACGUCGGAGCCGCAGUUCGUCGAAGCGCCGCCGGUGGCGGAAGACGAACCAGAGCAGCAGGAGGAUGCCGAAGAAGAUGUUGCAAGCGACGAUAAUAUGGAAGAACAUCAAGUAGGGGGGACUGAUACUGCUUUAGGGGCGAAUACGACAUCAACUACAACAGGGCAACAAGCAGGCAAAGAUGGUGGCGCUGAAGCUUUAGGAACUGCACAAAAUAAAUCAUCCAGUGAUUCAUCCUCCUUUCUGUACUCCUCCUCCUCGGCGGAAAGCAAAAGUUUGUUUGGAGCGGAAGACGAGAGCUACGAAGAAGAUCAUGACGAACUACUCGUCAGAGGCAGAGCAGGACUUCGUCUUGGGGAUGAUGAUGAUGAAAAAUAUGGUGCUGUUGACAACGACGACCCAGAGGACAUCGGUGAACUACGAGAAUUUUCAUCCCCAGAAGCGGAUGAAGAUGUAGAUGAACUACGGGAAAUUGACGCUGCGGUGCGCAUGCGAGAGAUGGUCACUGGCGAUGAAACGUCUACUUUGUUGUCAUCACUACCUGCUGCAUCUUCUUCGGCAACUGCUUCAACUUCUGUCCCGAGAUCAUCAUUAUUUCCGAAGAAAGCCGUGUUCUUCACAGAACUCGGUCGGGAGAACUACUACGAGAAGGAAAUUUUCAACGUAGCGAAGAAAUGUAAAAGAGCACGGCGGCCGGACGAUAAGAUUGCAGUGCAUGAUGAUGAUCUUCGAAAGAAUCCCACUACUUGUCAGAAGUCGACUACACGAGGACACUUUGUUCAUCACUUUGUGACAAGUUUCCUCGCCGGUGGCUCGAAGUGGGUGACCGCGAAAGCGUCCCCCGAAACCGCGAAGUCGGUAUCAAACUCGAUGUCCAAGUUUGGGAACGAUACCCUGUGGGAGGCCAACGAGCGGCGGCGCCAGACCUGCGAGGACGGGGCGCCGACGGUGUACAUGCCGUUCUUCAAAAUCCCCUUUGGCUACAGCAAGCGCGGGUUUCGCGACGGGCAUUACUUUGACCGGGGAAGGAAGCGCUUCAACGGGGUUUUGCGGUACGGCGACGGCUAUCAAAUGCAAAUAAAAUGUCUGGGCCUAGAAGAAUGCAACUUGUCAUGCUAAAUCUGAAGCAUGCAAAAAUCUGUGUUGCAUGAUCACCAAAAGUCGUCCAGUUUUGACCAAGUCGGGAGGGAGUUUCUCAUGCAGGACAGGCAUGAGAGAGAUCGCACAGAAUCUGUCAUGCUAGGUCCUGCAUUCCAGACCUCAUGGGUCAUGAAAAAGCUGCAUGACAAAUCGCGCACUCUUCCAGACCCAGACACUUUUGCAAUCCAUAACGGCUACGGCUGUCCCGCGCCGAAGCCGAAGCAAGCGAAAAAAGUGCCUGGAUGGGUUCUGCACGAGAUCGCGCAGGAUUUUUUCAUGACAUAAACUAACAUCAACUUGCUUCUUGCAGCCACUACGUAGUAGGAUUUAGUACUUGUGGCCCCCGGACCCGCUUCUGCGCCGAAGUCGUGCAGCCGUGAGCCAGAAGAUUUUGAGAGGAAAGGAGGCUACACUUGAAACUGUUGAUAGCCGUGUAGGGAGUACAAGGCUUCGUAGCUGUCUUUUGGGAGGACAACGAUUUUAUUCCUGCAUCGAUUGCGCGAGGAGCGCUAGCUAAAAACCUAAAAGUAACAAACAACAAUGAGUAGUUUGGACCAGCGGGGGCGAACACCGG